AUGUACGGCACUGGCACUGGCCCCCAGACGGGCAUCUCUACCCCUCGAUCCAGCGCCUCUCUGCGACCUCUGAACCUCUCCCACGGCUCUCUCGAAACCUCCUUUCUCGUUCCGACCAACCUCCACUUCCACGCCUCCGAGCUGAAAGAUCGGUUUGCUGCCAGUCUCCCCCCGGCAACCGACGAGCUUGCCCAAGAUGACGAGCCUUCAUCUGUCCCCGAGCUGGUUGCCAGAUACCUGGGCUUCGUUGCCUCCGAGGUAGAGGAGGGCGAGGAUGAUGCGCAGGGUUCGUACGAAGAGGUCCUCAAGCUCCUGCUUAACGAGUUCGAGCGGGCCUACCUCCAGGGCAACGAGGUUCACGCCCUGGCUGCUACGCUGCCCGGCAUUGAGUCAAAAAAGCUCGAGGUCAUCCGAUGCUACUACAUUGCUCGGGCCGUCUCAAACCGGACCAUCAAGCCUCACGAGUCCGCUCUGCUGAGGGCUGCCGACGACCACUCCGCCAAGAUCUACACCAUCUUUGGCGGCCAGGGCAACAUUGAGGAGUACUUUGAUGAGCUUCGCCAGAUUCACAAGACGUAUUCCACCUUUGUUGGAGAGCUCAUCACAAAUGCGGCCGAGCAGCUGCAGACUCUGUCCAACCACCCCAGCGCGGAAAAGAUGUUCCCCAAGGGGCUGGAUAUCCUGACAUGGCUUCACCGGCCCGAGGCCACUCCGGAUGUGGACUAUCUCAUUACUGCACCCGUCAGCUUCCCCUUGAUUGGGCUUGUCCAGAUGGCGCACUACGAAGUUACGUGCAAGGUCUUGGGCAUCCACCCUGGUCUCCUGAGAGAGCGCAUCAGCGGAGCCACUGGUCACUCUCAGGGUAUCGUCAUGGCGGCUGCGACGGCGGCGGCUGACUCUUGGGAGUCGUGGCGCGAAAUCACCAGCUCUAUCCUGACCGUCCUCUUCUGGAUCGGCACGCGAAGCCAGCAGGCGUUCCCUACCACAUCCAUGACCCCCACCAUGCUUCGCGAGUCUCAGGAGCACGGCGAGGGCCUCCCUACCCCUAUGCUGAGCAUCCGCGACCUGUCCCAGGAGGAGGUUCAGAAGCACAUUGACGCCACCAACCAAUAUCUCCCUCCUCACCGUCAUAUCGGCAUCUCCCUCAUCAACAGCCCCCGCAACCUGGUCGUUACGGGUCCUCCCACAUCGCUGUACGGUCUGAACGCUCAACUCCGCAAGGUCAAGGCUCCUACUGGUCUCGACCAGACCCGAGUCCCGCACACCGAGCGAAAGGUUCGGUUCGUCAACAGAUUCCUUCCCAUCACCGCCCCAUUCCACAGCAAGUAUCUGGAGGAGGCGACCGCCAUCAUCGAUGAGGAUCUCAAGGACAUCAGCAUCGACUCCAGCGCCUUGGGAAUUCCCGUCUAUGACACCAACACCGGAAAGGAUCUCCGUGAAGAGAACAGCGGCAACAUUGUGCCCGCCCUGGUUCGCUUGAUCACCCGGGACCCUGUCAACUGGGAGAAGGCUACCGUCUUCCCCCAGGCUACUCACAUUCUUGACUUUGGUCCCGGCGGCAUCUCCGGUCUGGGAGCGCUGACCAGCCGAAACAAGGAGGGAACUGGUAUCCGCGUCAUCCUGGCCGGAACCAUCGAGGGCACCAUGCCUGAGCUGGGAUACAAGCCUGAGAUCUUCGACAGAGACGAGGAGAAGGCCGUCAAGUAUGCCAUUGACUGGGUCAAGGAGUAUGGUCCGCGCCUCAUCAAGACAUCCAGCGGCAGGAAGUACGUUGAUACCAAGAUGAGCCGUUUGCUCGGCCUGCCUCCUAUCAUGGUUGCUGGCAUGACCCCAGCGACCGUCCCCUGGGACUUUGUCGCUGCCACGAUGAACGCUGGAUACCAUAUCGAGCUUGCCGGUGGUGGUUACUUCAACGCCAAGAUGAUGACCGCCGCACUGGAGAAGAUAGAGAAGGCCAUUCCUGCGGGUCGCGGUAUCACCGUCAACCUCAUCUACGUCAACCCUCGCGCAAUGGGCUGGCAGAUUCCCCUCAUUGGCCGACUUCGCGCUGAAGGCGUGCCCAUCGAGGGCUUGACCAUCGGUGCCGGUGUGCCCUCGAUCGAGGUUGCUCAGGAGUACAUUGAGACUCUGGGCCUGAAGCACAUUGCCUUCAAGCCUGGCUCAGUUGAGGCCAUCCAGGCCGUCAUCAACAUUGCCAAGGCGAACCCCACUUUCCCCGUCAUUCUGCAGUGGACCGGUGGCCGUGGUGGUGGUCACCACUCCUUCGAGGACUUCCACCAGCCUGUUCUCCAGAUGUAUGGCAGAAUCCGCCGACAGGAGAACAUCAUCCUGGUCGCCGGCAGUGGCUUCGGUGGUGCCGACGACACCUACCCGUACAUCACCGGUGAAUGGUCCAGGAAGUACGGAUACCCCCCCAUGCCCUUCGACGGCUGCCUGUUUGGUAGCCGUAUGAUGGUGGCCAAGGAGGCCCACACCAGCAAGAACGCCAAGCAGGCCAUCAUCGACGCUCCUGGUCUCGAUGAUUCUGAGUGGGAGAAGACCUACAAGGGUCCUGCCGGUGGUGUCAUCACUGUUCGCUCAGAGAUGGGCGAGCCUAUCCACAAGCUGGCCACUCGCGGUGUCAAGUUCUGGGCCGAGAUGGACCAGAAGAUCUUCAACCUCCCCAAGGAGAAGCGUGUUGCUGAGCUGAAGAAGAACCGUGACUACAUCAUCAAGAAGUUGAACGAUGACUUCCAGAAGGUCUGGUUCGGCUGCAACAAGGAGGGCAAGGCCGUGGAUCUCGAGGACAUGACCUACGCCGAGGUCGUCCGCCGCCUCGUUGAGCUGCUCUAUGUCAAGCACCAGUCCCGAUGGAUCGAUGGAUCCUACACCCGCCUCACUGGCGACUUCAUUCACCGAGUCGAGGAGCGAUUCACCACCGAGGCUGGCCGUCCCUCUCUUCUCCAGAGCUACGCCGACCUUGAGGAGCCCUACAGCGCUGUUGACCGAAUCCUCGCCGCCUACCCCGAGGCCGAGCACCAGAUCAUCAACGCACAGGACGUCCAGUACUUCCUCAUUCUCUGCCUGCGACCUGGCCAGAAGCCCGUCACCUUCAUCCCUGCCCUCGACGAGAACUUUGAGUUCUACUUCAAGAAGGACUCCCUGUGGCAGUCAGAGGACCUCGAUGCAGUCAUUGGCCAGGACGUUGGCCGAACCUGCAUUCUCCAGGGCCCUACCGCUGCCAAGUUCUCGACCGUCAUUGAUGAGCCCAUCAAGGACAUUCUUGACAACAUCCACAAUGCCCACAUUGCGGCCUUGACCAAGGAUAUUUACAACAAUGACGAGGCCGCUAUCCCUGCCAUUGAGUACUUUGGUGGCAAGCUUGUGGAGACGGACAUCCCUCUCGACGUUGAGGGCCUGACCGUCAACUACGACACUCACAAGAACACUUACCGCCUCUCCUCCUCACCCGCCAGCGUCAUGCCCUCGCUCGACUCCUGGCUGUCCCUGCUUGCGGGCCCCAACCGCAACUGGAGACAUGCUCUGCUCAUGUCGGAUGUCGUUGUGCAGGGACAAAAGUUCCAGACCAACCCCAUCCGACGCAUCUUCGCCCCUGAGCGUGGCCUUUUCGUCGAGAUCGAGUAUCCCAACGACCCCUCCAAGACGACCAUUGUCGUCAAGGAGCAGCCAAGACACAACCAGUACGUGGAUGUCAUCGAGGUCAAGCUGAACGGCGACCGGGAGAUCCUUGUCAACAUGAUCAAGGAGACAACCGCCCUGGGCACUCCCGUUGCCCUGCCUCUGAAGUUCAUCUACCACCCCGAUGCUGGAUACGCACCCAUCCACGAAGUCAUGGAGGGUCGCAACGACCGCAUCAAGGAGUUCUACUGGAAGCUGUGGUUCGGUAACGACCCCUUGGACCUGGACGCCAUGGUCACGAGCAAGUUUGACGGUGGCAGCACCACCAUCACGGCUGAGGCCAUCAACGACUUUGUUCACGCCGUUGGCAACACGGGCGAGGCCUUUGUUGACCGACCGGGCAAGGUCACGUAUGCGCCCAUGGACUUUGCCAUUGUGCUUGGAUGGAAGGCCAUCACGAAGCCCAUCUUCCCUCGCACCAUUGAUGGUGAUCUCCUGAAGCUGGUGCAUCUGUCCAACGGUUUCCGCAUGAUCCCCGGCGCCGAGCCGCUCAAGAAGGGUGAUGAGGUGACGACCACUGCGCAGAUCAACGCCGUCAUCAACCAGGAGUCUGGCAAGAUGGUCGAGGUCUGCGGCACCAUCACCCGAGAUGGCAAGCCGGUCAUGGAGGUGACUUCCCAGUUCCUGUACCGUGGUGCCUACACGGAUUACGAGAACACGUUCCAGCGCAAGGAUGAGACGCCUGUCCGUGUGCACCUGGCGACGCCCAAGGACGUGGCCGUGCUGCGUUCCAAGCCGUGGUUCACCCUCGACGAGAUCCCUAAUGAGAUCGACCUGCUGGGCCAGACCCUGACGUUCCGCCUGCAGAGCUUGGUGCGGUUCAAGAACAAGACCGUCUUCAGCAGCGUGGAGACGCGAGGCCAGGUCCUGCUGGAGCUGCCGACGAAGGAGGUGAUCCAGGUCGCCAGCGUGGACUACGAGGCCGGCGAGUCUCACGGCAACCCCGUGAUUGACUACCUUGAGCGCCACGGAACCUUGCUGGACCAGCCGAUCAACUUUGAGAACGCCAUCCCGCUGAGCGGCAAGACUCCUCUGCAGCUGCGUGCGCCCGCCUCCAACGAGACAUAUGCUCGCGUGUCUGGGGACUACAACCCCAUUCACGUGUCUCGCGUCUUCUCCGAGUACGCCAACCUGCCUGGCACCAUCACCCACGGCAUGUACAGCAGCGCCGCCGUGCGCAGCCUGAUUGAGACGUGGGCGGCCGAGAACGACGUGGGCCGCGUUCGCAGCUUCCACGCUUCCCUGGUCGGCAUGGUUCUCCCCAACGACGCCAUCCAGGUCAAGCUGCAGCACGUGGGCAUGGUGACGGGUCGCAAGAUCAUCAAGCUCGAGGCCAUCAACUCGGAGACUGAGGAGAAGGUUCUGCUGGGCGAGGCCGAGGUGGAGCAGCCCGUGACGGCCUAUGUCUUUACCGGACAGGGCUCGCAGGAGCAGGGCAUGGGUAUGGAUCUCUAUGGCAGCAGCCCUGUGGCCAAGGAGGUCUGGGACCGUGCCGACACCUACCUGCUCGACAACUAUGGCUUCUCCAUCACCAACAUUGUCAAGAACAACCCCAAGGAGCUCACCGUGCACUUUGGUGGCCCCAGGGGCAAGGCCAUCCGCCAAAACUACAUGGCCAUGACCUUUGAGACUGUGGCAGCUGACGGCACCGUCAAGUCGGAGAGGAUCUUCAAGGACAUUGACGAGAAGACCACCUCUUACACCUACAGAUCUCCCACUGGUCUCCUGUCGGCCACACAGUUCACUCAGCCCGCCCUGACGCUGAUGGAAAAGGCCAGCUUCGAGGACAUGAAGUCGAAGGGGCUUGUUCCCCGAGACAGCACGUUCGCCGGUCACUCGCUGGGUGAAUACUCGGCGCUUGCGGCUCUGGCGGACGUCAUGCCCAUUGAGUCUCUGGUGUCGGUUGUCUUUUACCGUGGUCUGACGAUGCAGGUGGCUGUCGAGCGUGAUGCCUCUGGCCGCUCCAACUACUCCAUGUGCGCCGUCAACCCCAGCCGCAUCUCCAAGACGUUCAACGAGGAGGCUCUUCAGUUCGUCGUGAACAUGAUCGCGGAGGAGACUGGCUGGCUGUUGGAGAUUGUCAACUACAACAUUGCCAACAUGCAGUACGUGUGCGCUGGUGACCUGCGGGCCCUGGACACGCUUGGCGGAGUGACCAACUUCCUCAAGCUGCAGAAGAUUGACGUGGAGGAGAUGCGCAGCAACAUCGAGGAGGCCAAGGAUGCGCUGCGGAAGAUUAUCCGCGGCUGCGCCGACGCGACGCUUACGAAGCCUCUGCCUCUGGAGCUGGAGCGAGGCUUUGCCACGAUCCCUCUGCGAGGCAUCGACGUGCCCUUCCACUCGACCUUUUUGCGAUCGGGCGUCAAGCCGUUCCGAUCCUUCUUGCUCAAGAAGAUCCACAAGACGACGAUUGACCCGUCCAAGCUUGUGGGCAAGUACAUCCCCAACGUGACGGCCAAGCCGUUUGCGUUGACCAAGGAGUACUUUGAGGAUGUGUACAAGUUGACCAACUCGCCCAAGAUUGGCGCGGUUCUGGCCAACUGGGACAAGUAUGUGCAGGACGAGGAGUCCACGGGCAGUGAGAGCGGUGCCAGCGCCGAUCACGAGGGCGCCGGACUGGCUGCUUAG